CACGACAAGACGCGAACGGCCUCGUCGUCACUUUUGGUUCGCACUCCGCUUUCCGGACCCCUUCGACCAUCCAGCCGGACAUCCAGCUAUAGAUAUUUGAGAGUGAACUACAUCGUCAAGUAGCAAAUAUGAUGCAGCCACAGCGCACCACGCGCAGCCGGGCGGCUGCCCUCAAGACGACGGGAGUGCACGAUGAAAACAGUGCUCAACCUACUGCCAGAGCCGGCGUCAAAGCUAAAGCUGCAUUAGGUGAUUCCGCGAUCCCUACCAAGGUCACUGCUGUGAAGAAGACUGCUGCCGUUCAACCCGCUGCUGCUAGGCGCAACGCGUUGGGAGAGCGUGGGCCCAACCAAGCCAUUAAACGACAACAGGCAAAGCAGGAAAAGGCCGCCGCAGCCCAAGCAGCUCAAGCCGCUACUGAAGCGCCUGCGCCGGUCAAGGACGAGAAAGCUCAGCCUGCAAAGCGUCCUCUUCGAGUUGUCGCUCAGAAAAGGCCAGCCCUUGCGCCAGCCAAGGACGUCCCUGCCAAGGUCGAACCCUCGGUCGCUGAGCCUGAGCAACGCACAAAGACUGCCGCCGUUCGCAGGACCACCAAGCCGAACUCGUCUGCAUCCAGCGCCGCUACUGAGCAGGAAGCUAAGAAAGAGAACCUAGCCAAACCUUCCAACGCCGUCGUUCCCAAGCACGUCAUCGACGACGCUCCUGAUGGCGUGCCCGCCGGCAAGAAGGCCAAGAUUGUGGAGCGCUCCUGGAGGGACAUGGACGCCGAUGAAGCCGAAGACCCGAUGAUGGUCGCUGAAUAUGUACCCGAGAUCUUCGAGCACCUGAAGAAGCUCGAGAUUGGCACAAUGCCGAACGCCAACUAUAUGGAGCAACAACAGGAGCUUCACUGGACCAUGCGCGGCAUCCUCGUUGACUGGCUCAUUGAAGUCCACAACAAGUUCCGCCUUCUGCCCGAAACCUUGUACUUGGCUAUCAACAUCAUCGAUCGCUUUCUCAGUGCGCGCGUCGUCUCCAUUACCAAACUUCAACUCGUCGGCAUCGCUGCGCUCUUCAUUGCAUCCAAGUAUGAAGAGGUCAUCCCUCCUACCGUUGCAAACUUCAUCUACAUGGGCGACGGUGGUGUUGUCGAAGACGAUCUUUUGCGUGCCGAGCGAUACGUACUUCAAGUCUUGGACUUUGACCUUCAGUACCCUGGACCCAUGAGUUUCUUGCGUCGCAUCUCCAAGGCCGACAACUACGAAGUCGAGACUCGCACGGUGGCCAAGUUCCUUAUGGAAAUCUCUCUGGUUGACCACCGCUUCCUAUCCAUCCGACCUUCUAUGACUGCUUCGGCUGCCAUGUUGGUUGCGCGCAAAGUCCUGAACCGCGGUGAUUGGGACAAGAACUUCGUUCACUACUCCGGAUACACUGAAGAGGAACUCGAUCGUCCGGUCCGAUUGAUCCAAAGCUACCUUGGCCGUCAGCGAAAGCACGAAGCGCUCAUCAAGAAGUACUCCGGUCGCAAGUUUGCCAAAGCGUCGACCGUCGUCCAAGAAUGGUUCGAAAAGAAUGCGAUUCCUUUCGACGAACUCUCCGAUGAAGAGCUUUGAGGACCCAUUUUAUCUGAACGAUCGACA